AUGCGAUGCCGACACGUCCGUCUGGCACCCACAUGUUCGGCUCGAUGUCUCACCGCCAAUCAUGCGAGCGCUGCCGGCAGCAGAAAGUCCGGUGUCUUCGAGACGCCACCUCCCAGAAGCCAUCACCAGGCCAGCCUCUACCAAAAUGCUCCAAAUGUGUCAAGGCAGGCACAGCAUGUGUGUACAACUGUAUGGUCGAUCACAAGAAGAUCGUGCUUUAAUUCGGAGAAUAGUAUAGGCUUGUCAUCUUUAGAGAAACAGACGGGUGGUUCUCUAGAAGAUGAUUGGCUUGACUAUGACAGCUUCAACUGGAGCCAGACUAGCACAAUGGCCCAAGCAGACCUUGGCCUCGAGAAUGCGUCCCAGAAUAUUGAUCCAGACCUGAAAAUGAGUCAUGACUUUAUGGCUGGGGUGGACGCACACUUGGACGAGGGACAAUGGUGGGAUGAUACAACCCCGAUUCAAACACCAUCUUCCAAUGUCGAAAUCAGUGAUGAUAGGGCGUCGCCCAAUUUCUUACAAGAACUUACCUCACAGGCUAUGGCUGUGGGCACCAAGACCAUCUCAGCUACGACCGCUCUGCUCCAUCCCAACAGCGCUCCACCAACUGUCUCGUCACAAUAUGUGAACCAAGCUUUCGAUGGCACAAGAAGCCUAGUACGUAUCAUCAACACCAUAUCCAUAAUUAUUUCCAGGGAGACGGACGAGAAUUCAUCAGAGGCUGUAUCAUGCUGUGGUGUUGGAGGGCUGGCCCUAACAAUCCUUGCCUGUCAGCAGCAUCUUCUGGGUCUUUUCAAGGCAAUUUGCAAAUCCAUAGAACAUUGUAUUGAUGAAAAAUCGAGGGAAAAGACUGCUUUUGAAACCAAUCAUAGUAGCUCGCUGAUGGGGGACCCAGCUCCUUCUUCAGCGCAGUUUACAAUGGUUCUUCAAUUGUUGGUACAUCUAAUCAACCGGCUGGACAGAUGUCUCUUCGCGGGCAUACAAACAAUGCCGAGCACCAAUGAGUAUCAAGGUGUCAUGGAUCUGACACGUACAGAGAAGAAUGGAGACGAACUUGGAUCCGAUAGAGCAAGCAUUUCUGGUUUCGCACAAGGAUCAAUUACAGGGCUAUCAGAACAGCAUCAUAGACUGCGACAAAUCAUUUCUCAGCUCCAGGGGCAGAUGGAUACGCUUGAGGAAAUUUGA